UGGGAAUUGACUCACUACUUCCCGGACUACACGAAUUAUAACCACAUCGAGCAGAGAGGCCGCAGCAGUGGGUUUUAUUCAUCAGGACCCGUUUGUACUGAGAAGAGUCCGUCUGAACAGCUGGAUCUGGAUUCAGAGAAGCCAUGGCGAGGGUUUGAGAGCUCCUCCUCCCGCCGCCUGACCCCGAAGUGACAGAGGAGGUGAAGACAAAGUGGACUGAAGAUGUUCGCCGGGGGGAGAGUCUCGUCCUCUGUCCUCCUGCCUCCUGGCAGGGAAACGCCGGCGCUGCAGGUCAACCCUGCCGACGUCCCGACCUUGGAGAUCAAACUGGGGGCGCUGGUGGUCCUGCUGUCCAUCACGCUGCUGUUUGGAUUCGCCCCACUCUGCAUCGUCCGGGGUGUGGGGUCCUGCUGCGUGGACCCAGAUUCGCGACGCAGGCUGCUGAGUUUGAUCAGCUGCUUUUCUGGAGGAGUUUUCUUGGCCACUUGUCUGCUGGGCCUGAUGCCGGACUACCUGCAGGGCGUCAACGAGGCCUUCAGCAACGCAGGAAUCACACUCCAGUUCCCUCUGCCUGAGUUCAUCAUGGCUAUGGGCUUCUUCCUGGUCCUGGUCCUGGAGCAGAUCGUCCUGGCCUUCAAAGACCAAUCAUCCUCUCACAUGGAGGAGCGCCGGUCCCUGCUGGCGGACCCCAGCGUCCAGGCAAACGAAAGGAACGGUCGUCACCACGCCCAUCGCCGUCGUGGGUCAGAGGAGUCCGACGGCGGCCACUUCCACGUGGAGUUCGGCUCACAGUCGGCCCUGCGCGCCUUCAUUCUGGUCUUCUCUCUGUCUCUGCACUCAGUGUUUGAGGGUUUGGCGGUGGGGCUGCUGGAGGACGGGAAGGAGGUUCUGGGGAUCUGCCUGGCGCUGAUGAUCCACAAGAGCAUCAUCUCCUUCAGCCUGGCCUUUAAGCUGUCCCAGGGCCGGCUGCGGCGGUCCGUGGUGGCCGGCUGCCUGCUGCUGUUUGCUGCCAUGUCCCCGCUGGGCAUCGGCGUGGGCCUGGGCCUCACCGAGACCAGGGCGUCCCCCCAGCACCAGCUGGCCCGCUGCACGCUGGAGGGGCUGGCGACGGGAACCUUCAUCUACAUCACCUUCAUGGAGAUCCUGCCGCACGAGCUCAGCUCCGGCAGGAACCGCAUCCCCAAGGUGGCCAUGCUGCUGGUGGGCUUCGCUGUGGUCAGCGCCGUGCUCUUCAUCAAACUGUAACCGCGGCAACACAGACAUUUGGCGAGGAAGUCCGUCAUGAAGCCGAGAGUUCACGCGUUCGAUAGCCGGUGUGAUCUCGUCACAGUCAUCUAAAAGCUUCAAAUCUGUUUCAGCUCACAGACCCAAAGAAAAGUCAGAAAACAUCGUAAUCGUGAAAAUAAUGAAAAGUGUCUGAACUGUUGUCAUGGAAACAUGUAGAGACACACAGACGCUUUGCUCUUUAAUCUCACCUGCAGCAGGUGACACUCAGACCUGUCCGUCGUCUCUUCUGCUGCUCUCAGAUGUUCCUCAUCAUCAAAUUUCACAGCCGAGAGUCGCAGCAAAGUGUUCAGUCUGAUUAUUUCAUUUACCCUUAUUAUUUCACUGUUAUGAAUCUAUACAACUGUAAUCGAUCUAUAUUGAUCUAUAAAGCUUCAGUAAACUUUUUUUAGCUGCUUCAGACUCUGACCAGUCACAGUUUUUACAGUCACAUACAUCAGCUCUUCAUGGGUGACCACACCCACCUGCCCACCCUCUCAGAGGUCAUUUUUUAACAAUCUCCUGUUGGUUCACGAGUCCAAAAACAGCAAAUAUCUGCGGGGAAAACCAAAGCUGUUGGCGUGUGGCCGUGUGUCCGGACAGAGCCGGAGACGGACGGAAGAGUGUGUGAUUAGUUUUUUUUCUUCGGUGAAACAGGCAGAAACAGAAAAUGCUUUGUGUUCUGUCCAGCCUCCUUUCACUUGUGUUGAAAAGAAGUCUUUUCUUCAGCGGAGGCUCUGCAGAGGAACGAACACAAAGAGCCGCUUGUUGUUGUGCAGUCGGAGGGCCGGACAGCGAAGUGUCAUUUAUGUCCGUGUUCACGAGCAGAAAAAAUCAGAAAUGUUCCACAGACAUCAUGAAAAUGAGGCAUUGAUGUGAUGACACCGAAGUGUUUUAAAUAAUGCACUUAUGAAAUGUAUUUUUGUAAUGUAAGAAUACUUAUAAUUACGUUAUAAUAAAUGUAAUUUUAAUUAUUAUAACACUAAAGUCUUUGAUCCAAAGUCAUUUUAAGGACUGCAGUAUUUUAAUCAUCGUCCUGAGUGAAUGAAAUCUGUGUUAUAUUUUGUAUUGUGAUCAUACACAAAACACUGAAUUAAACCUAAAAUAGUUUUUCAGAUCAAUCACUGACUGAGAUUCUUCAUUUGUUCGAUUCAAAU